AGUGACGUGGCGGUGAUCGGAUUAGCCCAGGCAGUCCGGUACAACUGCAAGUCUUCCUUCUCGCUAGAUUGAACAGUUCGUUGUUUUCUGGGUGAGAGAGAACAGUAUUCCGGCCGCUCUGGGACAAGAUAUCCGGACGGAUUUUGUGCGAAGUUGAUGUCUGUUUCCUUCCCCAGUACCAAAACCAAGCGGCCAUUAGCUUUACCCCGAGUUAAGUAAUUGGCUCCAAUUUCGAAGUGGUGUGGAAUAACCGUUAACAAAUGAACGUAAUACAUUCUUGCAGAACCACAAGAAUAAGCUGAAUGGAAAUCGUUUCAACGGCGGCGGACCCAGACCUACGUUGUAGGAACAGCCUCAUCUUGCACCGGCCAAGUGGCUCGUUGCAUUCAGCAAAGAAUGAAUCUUUUAUGACGACCGACAUCAUACAUUCCAUGAAUAUCAGUAGAUAUGAAUGAUACAUCCCCUACUGCCCAAGACAUCGCUAGCGACGACCAUCGGCCCUCAUCACCGGUCUCAACGAAAAUGGAGUGCGGUGGUGGACGCCAGAAUCAGGUGUCCCCCGGCGGAGGGGACACAGACCCGAAGGCAGAAACUCGGGAGUCAAAGAGGCCGUCGGAUAAGGCUUCCCUUGAUGAUUGCAGUCGUCCUUCGGAACCAGAGCCCAUACAACCGACACUGACCAAACGGAAGCGUACGGUCCUCUCCAUCGCCGAGAAGGCUGACCUCAUUCGGCGCAUGCGUAAUGGAGAAUCGCAGCGACAAUUAGCCUUUGAGUAUGGCAUCGGGACUUCUACCGUAUCUGACGUGAAGAAGCAUGAAGCCGAGAUUCUCAGGUACGUAGAAACAAACGGCGACUUCGUGGCCAUGAACAGAAGGAAGCUGGAAGCCGGUGCCAAGGUCGAUGUGGAAGAAGCCGUCUUCGAUUGGCUGAUGAAGGAAAUGCGUGCUGGGAGAGAGUUAUCCCCCUCCGACGUGAUGUCCAAAGCCAGAGCAGAGCACCACAGAUUACGAGGAAACGAGGAAUUCCGAGCUAGUACAGGUUGGCUGGAGCGUUUCAAGCGGCGGUACAACAUCCACUCCUUCAGACCAGGAGAGGAGGACCUGUGGAAACCAACUUUGGGCAGGUCAUCCAACUCCGACAGUGCCUUCGGUGCUUCUCACGCCCGACGGAAGGACGCGGUAACCGCUAUGAGUAAGAGGUUACAUAAAAUGUCUGGUAAGAGAUCCUUCAAGAACAGAUCUCGGGAGAGAUCCCCUUCACCGACAACGAUCAAAGCGGAGACGGACAGCCACGAGGAAUAUGAUUACGCUGACAUGAGGACUGACACGAUUUCUCCCGAUUUAUCGCAUCCCUAUCAUCCUCAGGUCAGUCUCGAAGAAGGGCAUCUCAAUCUGGACUUGCCUCCUGUUGAGGAGAUUCCUUCAGCGGGAGAAGCAGCCAGCAUGCUCUCGAAAGCGCUUGUGUGGGCGGCGGCCCAACCGGAAACGGCACCGCAGGAGUUGUUCGUCUUGAAACAGUUGCAGACCAAAGCAGCAUUGAAAUGUCUUCUGAAAGCAACCCAAUAACGAUAGGAAUAAUUAGGAAUGCGGUUCAUCAUAUUUGUACUGUACAUAGCAACAUAUUUGUGAAUAUAUUUAUAACAACAGGU